AUGUCCAACGACCCUCCGCCACCCUACCCGGGAGGCCCCUCGGCACCGCUGAUAGAAGAGAAGCACGGCCCACCCCCCGCGACAGGUACUGGGGGGGAUCCCAGCUGCUCUGGGCCCCAGGGGGUUCCCAUCCCCCCUCCUGAAUUUGGGCCCCCUCCAUAUGAGCCACCCUUGCAGCCGGGGUUCGUGCCCCCCCACAUGCCCACAGACGGCUCUGGGCCCUACGUGCCGCCUGGUUACUACCCGCCGCCAGGCCCUCACCCCUCCAUGGGCUACUACCCUGCCCCGGGCCACUACCCUUCUCCCGGUGGCCACACAGCAACAGUGCUCGUCCCGUCAGGGGCUGCCACCCUGCAGGGCGAGAUCUUCCAGGGUGCCCCGGUGCAGACGGUGUGCCCCCACUGCCAGCAAGCCAUCACCACCAAGAUCACCUACGAGAUCGGGUUCAUGAGCUUCCUCCUUGGCUUCUUGUGCUGCUUUGUGGGGUGUGAUCUCUGCUGCUGCCUGAUCCCCUGCCUGUUUGAUGACUUCAAGGAUGUGACACACACGUGUCCCAACUGCAAGGCCUACAUCUACACGUACAAGCGCAUGUGCUAA